CUAUGGCUAAAUAAAAUUUGGCAAAUAUAAAUCUAUCAUCUCAACAAUUCAAAUAAAGAUCGUGGAUUAAACAUUCAUGUUAAUUAAAGCCAUAAUGCCAUCUCUCAGAAGAAACGUUCCUGGGACCAAAGCAGCAGAUUUCUACAAAUGGGAAGAUCAGCCAUUUGAAGAGAUGGAUAGUACAUUAUCUUACCAACAGCUGAUACAACAAAGUAUAAGGAAAAAUCCACAUGAUAUUAAAACCAUAUUAAAGAUGCCUGCAAAUUUGGAUCCAAAUAAAGAUGCAGGAAUAUGGAAAUAUGAACAUAUUAGACAAUUUUGUCUGGAAUUAAACAGCUUAUUUAUUAAAUUGCAAGAUAUAUGUUUUUCAAAUGAAUGCUCUCAGAUGACUGCUACAUCUCAAUGCAUUUAUCUAUGUGCUGCUCAUAAAACUCCCAAAGAGUGCCCUGCCAUCAUAUAUACACGUCACACUCUUGAUGGGGCUUCCUCCCUUUUGAAUAACAACAAAUAUUUUCCAAGCAGGGUAAAUUUUAAAGAAUCUUCCUUAAAUAAGUUAGAAUCGAUAUGCCGGAGAAUUUACAGAAUAUUUGGACAUGCUUAUUAUCAUCAUAGAAAUUGUUACGAGGAGUUUGAAGCCAAAACUUCUCUAUGCGAGCGUUUUACGGUUUUUGUGACUGAACAAACCCUAAUGCCUCUUGAUAACAUAAUUGUGCCGGUAAAAAAUUUUGAAAUUUCUACUAUCGACUCCAAUUUGACUCGCGAAAAUAAUCACGAUACCGUUAAACCUAAUUCGGGAGGUCUCUAUCAGAUUCAUAGCGACCAUUUAGAUGAAACUUUAGAUAUGAAUCAUACCCAAGAUGAAACAGAAGUAUCCAGCUCCGAUUCAUCUUCUAUAGCUUCCCAGAUAGAAUUAAUCGAUAAUUUGACAGUUAAACAUAUGCACCAUAAUGGUGUAAACGGUUCACUCGAGGAAAAUGAUGACUUACCUAAAGAAGAUGAUCGUCACAAGAUCGAUCACCCUCCAGCCACUGAUAUAUUAACGGUCUCACCUACUAUUAAUAACAAUUGUGAUGAUAUUCAAGUUAUUUUUCAUAAUAGUAUCGCAAACAAUGUAAACAAUCGUCCAUCACAAAUUCAUACCAAAAUUAUUGAAUCUACCACAAAUAUAACUCCCAAAUCCACAUCACCCAUAAAAAAACACAACCCUAAUUCACCAAAUUUGGCGAAUUCCAAGACUUCGGUUAAUAGCACAAAUAAUGUGAAUAGCAUAACGAGUAAUAUUUCCAAAAAAAAGGCUGGCUCUCCUCUUCACGGCAAUCCCAGCUCUAGAAAGACUUCUUCCAUUCACGUUUUAGCGUCAUCUCCAAAUAAUCCCUCUAAAAAAGGUUUAUCCACCAAAAUUGAAAAAUUGAUAGACUCUUCCAACCACAAUGCACACUUGAAAAACAAAAAUUCUUCGGUAGUUAGUAAUAGUGGUAGUGCCGGCGGUAAAGGGUUGUCCACUAAUACCGUCGCUAAUUUAAAUAAUACCACCAAUGGGGAAGACAAAAAUGCUCUUGAUGAAACAUUGUCCACUUAGCUUUAUUUUUUUAAAAGUUUGGCAUAUUAAGAAUCUAUUUUAAUUUAUUAUUAUAUCGUGAUAUUCUUGAAUUAUAAAAGUAGUUCUUGAUUACUAAUUGUGACUGUGAACAUUUUAUAUAUUAAAAUCCUAUUUUGCCUAUUUAUAAAUUUAAUUAUAAGCAGGAUUAUUACAUUAAUAUAUU